AUGGCUUCCUCUCUCCCUCCAAAAAUCCACACCUACCACUGCGUCUGCACCUCCUUCCUCCUCGCCUCCACGCACUCUCUCUCCACGCUCCCCCGCCGCUCAACUUCGAACUCCCCCACCGCCGACGCCGCCAUAAUCCUCCCUCUCCCAUCUUCGCCCCCAACCCUGUCCUCCGAAGAUGCAGACCUACCACAAGAAGGCUACAGCCUGUUAUUAGGCAUGGCGCAAGACAAAAAAGUCACAAUCGUUCGUAGGGAAGAUGGGUUCGAGAAGCGGAUUUGUUGGAGGUGUGAGAGGUGUGGGGUGAUUGUUGGGUACGAGUUGCAGACACAGAUACAGGGAGGGGAGGCUAUGGAUUUGGAUGGUGGGGAGAAGGGUAAGGAGAAAGAGGAGGGGUAUCAGGGGAAAGUGGUUUAUUUGCUGCCGGGUGGGGUGCAGAGUACGGAUGUUAUGAUGGGGCGAACGAAUGGGGGGAAGAAGAUUGGGGAGCAGGACGUUGCAGUAAAGGGCGCGGUGGCUGUUUUUGAAUAG